CAACUAACUUCCUGUCAUCCAUACUCUUUAACCAAUCAUUUUUCACCAACAAAACGUAACAAUGGAUCAAAUGUAUCCUAUUAUAGUAGACUUUUCAGAUUUUUCUAGACCAGACUUGGUUUCCAGCUGUUGUACAGCUUUUGACUUUGUCAUAGUGAAUAACUUGACCUCAGGUUGAGGGAGCUGAUUUGGAUUAAACCCCCUUUAAAUAGGAAGACAGUUUUAUCAUGUGGAGGUUUCAUUCAAGGUCGUAUUCAUUAGUGAAAAACGUAGCAAAAUGUUUUGCAUCAGAAAACAAAAACAAGCGUUUCUUAUUGGACAAGUUCCGCUACUCGUCCCUCCCCAUUUCCCGUCUGUUUUCAUUUGUUUCUUGUGAAUACCAAUCUCUGUUACAUGACAUACUUUGUUUGUCUUUGGCAGGAGAGAGACAAGACUCAGAGGAACCAGAGCCAGAGACGUCCAAACCAGCAAGACGACACCAAUGCUCCCAGUGUGAAAAGAGUUUUACCAAGUUAGGGAGCUUGAGAAUACACAAUAGAAUACACACAGGAGAGAAGCCCUACCAAUGCUCCCAGUGUGGAAAGCAGUUUACCCAGUUAGGGACCCUAAAAUUACAUAUUAGAAUACACACGGGAGAGAAGCCUUACCAAUGCUCCCAGUGUGGAAAGAGAUGUUCACAGUUAAGUUCCCUGAAAUCACAUGAGAAAAUACACACAGGAGAUAAGCCUCACAAAUGCUCUCAAUGUGGCAAUACUUUUAAGCGGUUGAGUAACCUGAGAGAUCAUGAAAGAGUACACACUGGGAAAAAGCCUUACCACUGUUUCCAUUGUGAAGAGAGUUUUAGCUGGUCAAGGCAACUGAAAGCGCAUGAGAGAACACACACUGGAGAGAAACCUUACCACCACUGCUCCCAGUGUGAAAAGAGUUUUACCCAGUUAUGGAAUCUGAAAGCACAUGAGAGAAUGCACACAGGAAAUAAGCCUCACAAAUGCGCUCAAUGUGGAAAAACUUUUAACCGGUUAUAUAACCUGAAAGUACAUAAGAGAAUACACACAGGGGAAAAGCCUUAUCACUGCUCCCACUGUGGUAAGAGUUUUAUYCUAUCACGGGCCCUGACAAAGCAUAAGAGGACACACACGGGAGAAAAGCCUUACCAUUGCUCCCAGUGUGGAAAGAAUUUCACUGACUCAAGUAACUGGAAAAAACAUGAGCUAACACACUCUGUAAAGAAGCGUUUCCAGUGUUCUCAUUGUGAAAGGAGUUUUAAGAAGUUAGGGAAACUGAAGCAGCAUGAAAAUACACACUAGGGAGCAGCCUUUUUGAACUGCUGCCACUGUGGAAUGACAUGUACCUGGUUAAAGCAACUGAAAUUACAUGAAAGAAUCCACACCGGAGAGAAACGUUACCUCAUGGUCCUAACUGGAAGCAGUGGUAACACACACAGGGGAGAUUUCCUCCCAUUGCUCCAAGUGUGGAGAGAGAUAUUUCACAUAAACUUACAAUUUAUGACUUGACACACAGUGCUCCCACAUGUCUCAAAUUUUUGACUGAAAGUUGGUGGUUUUGUUUAUGCCCUGAUUGCCAUAUGAAAUCUGAUUGGAGACUCAGAAAUAAAAAAUGUUUAAUCCCAAGAUAUGAAUUGAAUACGGAGUAUGUCCGUUUCUAUGUAGAUUCAGUGUACAAACUGUGAUUAAAUAAGUUUUUACUCUGUC